AUGCUUCGAGCGCUGGUUCGGCGCUCGACGUGCGCGUCUUCGCUACUUGUGCGUCCUUCGCUCUGCUAUUCAUCCGCUGUAAGCGAAGAAUGUUCUCGUUCAUUUCUCAAUGACCAUCCUCGCCUUCGUGUUGCACUUGUGGGUCGCACCAACGUGGGUAAGAGCACGCUUUUCAACCGCUUGACCAAGACUCGCUCUGCUAUUGUACACAAUGUUCCUGGUACUACACGUGAUCGGCGCUACAAGUGUGCAACUGUUGCAGGUAUGGAUAUAGAUGUUAUAGAUACUGGUGGAUUGGAAGAUGCACCGUCGGGAUCCCUUGAGAUAGGAAUGCUUGAGCAGACAAGACUUGCUGUGCAUGAGGCGGAUCUUAUAUUCUUUUUAAUCGACGGACGCCAAGGCGUUACGCCAGUCGAUACACAUUUUGCUCGCUGGCUUCGUAAAGAAGAUCCUAAAGCACCGAUUCAUCUAGUAGCCAACAAAUUGGAAGGAGACCCAGAGCGAUGGGAUGACGAGUUGAACGAGUGCUAUCAAUUGGGCAUGGGAGGAGCAAUUCCCUUGUCAGCAGAGCAUGGAGAAGGUGUCACACUCUUGCUUGACGAAAUCAUUCCAUUGUAUGAAAAAUUUGAAGAGGAGAAACAAGGCAGACUAAAGCAGCACGAAGGAGAGCAUAAAGAAGACGAUCCGCGUACGAUUAAGCUUGCAAUAGUUGGACGUCCGAAUGUUGGGAAAUCUACUUUGCUUAAUAAGAUUGUGCGCAAGGAACGCGUGCUAACCGGUCCUGAGCCUGGUGUAACACGCGAUUCAGUGGAAGUAGCCUGGACAUUUCACGGUCGUCCAAUCAUGCUAGUGGAUACAGCGGGGAUUCGACGAUACAGCAAGCGGGAUCACGAUGAUCAGAUCGAGAAUCUGUCUGUUCGAGAUUCCUUUCGUGCCAUUGACUCGGCUCAAGUUGUGGUGGUAGUUGUGGAUAUGAGUGAGCCAAAGUUAGUUCAUAUGGAUCUGACUAUUGCACAGCGCGUAAUUGAGGAGGGUCGUGCGCUAGUGCUUGCAGCUAACAAGAGCGAUCUGUCUGGGUCCCGUGUCGACUAUGAAUUACAACGUAUUCAAAAUGAACUGCACGAUUCACUUGCCCAGAAUCUUGUGCCAGAAGUGCUGAAAGCAUACGAAAAAUGGGACCUUCGUGUGACAACUGGUCGCCUUAACCGAUGGCUUAAAGCUAUGGCUCGGCAUCAUCCGCCUCCAACGAUUAAAGGCAAAACGCUGAACGUUAAAUAUGCAACACAAGUGAAGUCUCGCCCUCCUACAUUUGCCGUCUUCCUUCGCGAGGAAUUUGACAUGGUUGGUGUGCCAGCUCGCUUACUUUUAAGGGGCAAAACGGAAAACCCAUUUGAGAAGCGCAAGAGGUUUCAGCAGCGCACAAGCAGCGUCCUCUACGGCAAGCAGCGCCAGUCGCGUGAACCAAUCAACAAGGUAGUUGUGGACCCACCUGUUAAGCCAAAGACUAGCAAGAAAGCAUCACUGACAAGGAAACAAAAGACUGGACACUUUAUCCCACGUCGUGUGAAAAAGAAGAGUUCAACAUCAACAAAAUUCAACAGAUAA